AAUUAGCAUAUAAAACGUGUGUCGGGAACAUGGAGCCUUAGCAGUUCGGGACAGGAGGGGUAUUCCUGCUUCGAACUUUCCAGGAUGACAUGGUAGAAUAUUAUAAAGCUAGUAUUUGAGGAGCUAAUGGAACACGUGAAGGAAAAGGAGGAGAAAGAAGAUAAAAGGUGUAAACGUCUUGCAGAUGAUUUCUUUCAUCUCUUAUCUUCUAUCAAGGUGCAGCAGGAGAUAACUCCAUCUUCUAAAUGGGAGGACUGUAAAUCACUUCAUGAAGUUAGUUCAGAGUACAGUGCUAUUGGUGAAGAGAGCUCCUGCAAGGAGAUAAUCGAUAAACACAUAAUGCAAUUGAAAGAACAAGCAAACGAGAAAGAGAGAAAGCGGAAGGAAGAGAAUGUACUAUUUCAGCUGAAUGACAUUAGUAGCUUGGGUUAGGGUGAAGAUGAACUAAAUCAUGUAAUUAUUAUGGUCUGGGAGAACAAUGACCACUUUUGUAUAUUGCUCUUGAAUGAAUGAAAUCUGUGUAGGAAACUUAAUAUUUGGAUUCAUGUUUGAAAAGUUGGUUGAAUGUACAAAUGUGAUUGUGUAUUGCU